GUUUCGCAGCGACAGGACUUGAAGACCGAAGCAGCGAUGAAGGACAGGGACAGGCCGUUCUAUAAAAUUUUCCAUAACCACCGGAUUCCCGGAGCGUUUUCGGAGGAGACACUCGGAGGAUUUCUACGCUACCAGCCGGCAGACGACGACAUAUUCAUCGUGACCUUCCCCAAAUGUGGCACCCACUGGGCCCACAUGAUGCUCUCCAAGACCCUGCAGGUCUGCCGAGGCCUGCCGCCUAGACCGUUCAUCCUCGCAGAGCGAGAGGGCGUGGACGCCAUCUUGGCAGCGCCGAGACCCCGAAUCGUCUGCACUCACCUCCCUUUUCGUCUUACGCCCCGAAAUGAGCGGACCAAGUACGUGUACGUGGCGAGGAACCCGAAAGACUGUUGCGUUUCGUUUUUCCAUCACACGAGGUCACAUCCCAGCUACGGGUUCGCGGACGGCACCUUCGAGGAGUACUUCGAGAUCUUCCUAGAGGGUCUGACAGACUUCGGCAACUACUACGACAACUUGAAGUCGUGGUACGCUCGCAAGAAUGACCCGAACGUCUUGUUCAUUACGUAUGAGUCCAUGAAGUUUGACACCAGAGGUUCGGUUAUAAAGUUGGCCAGGUUUGUGGAUGAGCAGCUUGCCGUCGCGCUGGAAGAAGAUGAUGACAAGAUGAAGUCGGUGUUGGACGCUAGCAGCGUGGAAAGCAUGAGGAAAGAAGUUCAGGGACCCUUUAUAAGGAAAGGCGUGGUAGGCGACUGGAAGAACUACUUUUCGCGAGAACAGUCGCGAAGGCUGGAAGAAAGAUUUAUGCAGGAAACGGAGGGAACGGACAUACCUGACCUCUGGAAGGACGUUGACUGGAAGCUCCAUGGACCGAAUGGCGCUUGAAGGCUUUGUCUAAUAUUUGUGAAAAA